GACAAAGCAAUAUCCAUGCUCUUGGCACCACCGAAUCUAAUCAUCCACACCAUCCGACGGCCAAUCCCUCCUUAUCAUAUCCCCGCAUCUAAAUCCAGACCGUCGAAUAAGAUCUACCCUAACCCGUACGCCAUCCAUCCAUCCAUCUCCCUUUUUAACAAAACAAACAAACCUUCCAUCGUUCUCCUUCUCCCUCCCCUUCAGGCUUCAGAUCCAAAAGCCCCGCGCCAUCCACCACCGUCACGAGCGAUGGUAGAAGGUCACGCGCAGACAUGGACGACGCGGCGCGGCAGUAACCCUAGGCUCGAAGCGGAGCAGCUGAUCGACAUCCCUGCAACGCCGACGAGCGAGGUCCGCAACAACAACAGCAUCAACGGCAUCCUUUCCCCCAACCUCACAACGGCUGUGAUCAUCGCAUCCUGGUAUCUAUCCAACAUAGGCGUCCUCCUCCUCAACAAAUACCUCCUCAGCAUCUACGGCUAUCGUUACCCCAUCUUCCUCACUCUCCUCCACAUGCUAUCGUGCGCACUCUACAGCAUCCUAGCCAUCCAUUGGCUGGAGCUGGUCCCUUACCAGCCCAUUGUCUCCCGACGCCAGUUCUUCAAGAUCGCGGCUCUCAGCGCAAUCUUCUGCUUUUCGGUGGUCUGCGGGAACACCUCGUUACGGUACCUUCCAGUCUCGUUCAACCAGAUGAUCGGCGCCACGACGCCCUUCUUCACCGCCAUCUUCGCCUUUAUCAUCACCUGCAAGAAGGAAUCGCGCGAGGUCUACCUGACGCUGGUGCCGGUGGUGCUGGGGAUCGUGCUCGCGAGCAACAGCGAGCCCCUGUUCCACCUCUUUGGAUUCCUGGUCUGCGUCGGAUCGACGGCCGGGCGCGCCCUGAAGUCUGUGGUGCAGGGGAUCCUGCUGACGUCGGAGGGGGAGCGGCUGCAUUCGAUGAAUCUGCUCAUGUACAUGGCACCGAUGGCAGCGGUGAUAUUGCUGCCAUUCUCUCUCUACGUUGAAGGGAAUGUGGCAUCGGUGACGGUGAGGAAAGCGAGGGAGGAUUCGUUCAUCUUGUUCUUGCUGGUGGGGAAUGCUACGGUAGCGUAUUUGGUGAAUUUGACGAAUUUCCUAGUGACGAAGCAUACAAGCGCCCUGACGCUGCAGGUGCUUGGGAAUGCCAAGGCCGCAGUUGCUGCGGUCGUGUCUGUGCUGAUUUUCAGAAAUCCGGUGACGGUGAUGGGAAUGACGGGGUUUGGGGUGACGAUCAUGGGCGUUGUGCUUUACAGCGAAGCGAAGAAGAGAUCGCAUUAGCUUUUUCCGCCAUUUACAAAGGUGGCAUUGUAAUGGUGGCUAAGGUGGUGGUGUAGAGAUGGGGGUGGUGUACAGUGGGGGCAUGGAGAUAGAGAUGGUGUAGAGAGUGGUGGAAGUACGGAGAUAAAGCCUGGUGGCAGGAUAGAGGCAGAGACUAAAGGUGGCUAAGGGCUAUGAGAGGGCAGGUGAAACUCAUUUUGGAAUGUGGGACUCUCUUUUAAAUGAGAGAAGGAAGCUUAUUUAUAAAAAUGUCAGUAAUUGGGUAUUUAAGAAAGUGGUGAUGUGGACAAUGGAAAAGAAUUUAUGAUGUAAUAAUUCAAAAUUUUAAAUGGAAAAAAAAUAUAUCAAUAAAAGAAAAAAGAAAAAAGUUGCUUUAUGGAGGAAAGAUGUUGUAAUGACUUGAUACAGGCCAUAGGUACCGAACUCCCAUAUGACUAAUGAAAUCUUUCUUCGGCAGAACGUAUUGGUCACAUGUGCAAGGCACGUGCGUGGCUGCAGGGAUCAAGUCCCCACCUUCUCCUCUGGACUCACUGUGGAUUGGACUGAUGGGUUAGGUGGAUCCUAAGGUUUGGUUAGGGAGAGCUGGGAGUGAGACUGUAGGUCUCAUGAUCAGGCCUGAUUGAACAGCCUGUCGACUUCAAGUUAGGUGGGUUGUCUAUGAAGUAUGAGUACAUUGUUAUGAACCACCACACCUUACCAGAGGUAUUUUUUAAGCUAUUUGAUACUCCUAGAGACUGUAAUGAUCGAUAUGCCUACAACCAAAAAAAAGAAAUGCUCAUAUGAUUUGUGCGAAUUGCCCAUUAGGGGGCACACUCAUUGGAUCACAUGGGGGAGAAUCACUUUUGAGAACAGUUGAGGAGCUGCAUCCAGGUGGGAGAGUUUAAUAGGGUUUCAUGCAACAAAGAGCUAUAUGGGACCCUUCGAUUUGUCUAUGUGAAACCCACUCCUUUCAACAGUUGCGACAACUCAUUUUAGGAAAUGAGCUAAAAAAUUAGGCAGAUUAAAAACUAACGUGGGACGCACCACAAAAAAAGUGGGGUGGGGAAGUUGACGAUUUAAAGAUUUUUUUGGGGGGUUCACAAAAGUUUUAGAUUAGGUGAUAUUUGAUUCUCACUUUCACUGUGGUCUGGUUCGCCUUAUGAAUGGGUUGGACGGCAUAUAAACAGUGUGUCGGGUCCUAAGAAGGUUUCAUUGGUCAGCAUUCCUGUUCUCACUUUUUCUUUGAUGAUGUGGCUCACUUGGGUUUUGGAUCUCCCUGACUUUUAGGCGAAAGCUUGAACAUGACAUGGAGUAGCUAAAGGACGGAGCGGAUGUCACCUAGACAUCACAAUAGGCCCCACUGAGCUAUUUUUGCUUCAUGGGCUCCCUACAACGCUCUGUCCUGAUGAAAACGGAUGUUUUUCUCCUAAAGCAAAUCAUGGGACAUGGCGCAACGGGCCACAAUUCACCAUUAAGGGAUGAUUUGCACAAUUCACGUAGUGUUCCACUUGGGAAGUUGUAGAAGUGGCAUAAAUGCUACACAAAUUGAACUGUUCAAAUAAUGGGACCUACUGUAGAUUGGUUAAUCCCAAAAUCAGAUUGAUUGAAUGAUAUCAAUCUCUGAUUAAUAGCCAUUUCUUUGUUAAAUUGGGAGUCUACCAUUUUUUUUUUUCAGUUUAGCUGUCUAUUAGAUGUCCACCACCAUCAUUGUUAGCACUUUGGUCGGUGCAAGUUCCAUUUUAUGACCCAUCUAAGGUGGCCCCCAUGAUUUUGAUGAUUUGAUUGGAGGAGUUACAUUUGGACCCCCUUCGUAAUUUUUUAAUGUGCAUGUGUAUGAAACCAUCUACACUGAAGGAGGAAGAAGAACCAUCUACACCACCAGACUAUCAACUUGGAGAAAUGAUCACCCUGGGCAGAAAUGUGGAUAGUCCAUUCAUUAGGCGGGCUACCCCAUUGCAAUCUGAUGGUCUGACUCAAUGUAAGUGUGUGGCUCACCUGAUGGGUGAUUAUUCCAUUUUUUUCAUGCCAGGUGACCUUCAUGGUAUGGUCUGCCCAUCUUACGGCCCUGGAUGUUCCACUGAAGUGAGAUAUAAGCUGAAAAUAAAACGUUGUAUACUCGACAUAAAAAGUUGCAUGUGAACAUUCUCCAUCAAAAUCUAUCUCUUAUACACAUUUGGUGUAUUGUUUGAUGCAGUUGGAAGAUUUUUUGGGGGCAUUUUGGGAGAUGAAAAGG